CUCUCUCUAUCGCCCUCUCUCUCUUCCCCUCUCUAUCUCCAUCCCUCCCUCCCUCCUUUUCUCUCCCCUCCUCUCUCUCUCUCGCUCUCUGUUACGCCAUGCGCCUGCCAGAUACUUUUCUAGCCGAGCUCCGCGCGCCGCUGUCGCAGCUGCCCGAGCUCGCGCAGAGUUUCGAGAGUACCUUCAACGACAUCGCAGCGCACUCUCGCGCACAGUUUCUGCCUACGCCGAUCAUCUCUCUGCCGGACGGAUCCGAGACAGGAACCUUCCUCGUUCUCGAUCUGGGCGGCUCAAAUCUUCGUGUUGCCAUUGUCGAGCUGCUCGGCAAUUCCGGGGGUGAUGGGGAUGAACGAUUGAGAAUCUCGCCGCAGGGAAGCUGGCUGAUACCCGAGUCGCUCAAGAGCGGAACUGCCGAUACGCUGUUUGGCUGGGUUGCGCAGCGGACGGCGGAGAUUGUGCAGGCGUAUGUAGCGACGCUGGCGGGAAAGGAGCGGGAGGAGGUAUUCGCAGAGGGGAUCCGCGUCGGCGUGGCGUUUUCUUUCCCGAUGCAACAGGAAUCGCACACCUCCGCCGUAAUAAUGCGUAUGGGCAAAGGCUUCACCGUCGAGCGAACCAACAAUCUAGCCGCGCUCCUGUUGAACGCCUACGACGCUCUUCCCGCUACCACCACCGCCACCACUGCCUCCCCGCCCCUGCGCAUGACCGCAAUCACCAACGACUCCGUCGCCACCCUCCUCUCGACCGCGUACCUCCGCCCACCCAGCGCCGGCACCCACGCCGCCGCCGGAAUCAUCGCGGGCACGGGCACAAACGCCACCUGUCUCUGCCCUGUCGAAAAGCUUGCCGCUGAUAAGCGCCGCGAAGGCGCACAGGUGAUUUUGAUGAACACGGAGUGGAGUCUCUACGGCACACUGCCGUCGCUGGUGCCGAUCCGGACGGCGUGGGAUGAGGACCUGGCUGCGCGUAGCGAGAAGCCGGGGUUCCAGCCGUUUGAGGAGAUGGUGGGCGGGAGGUAUCUCGGCGAGCUGGUGAGACUGGCGGCGGUGGAGUUAUUUGCUGCCGCCGGGGAUGUGCCGCUGCCGCAGAUAUUGACGAUGCCCUAUGCGGUCGAUACAAAGCUGUGCUCGAAGGUCGAGGGGGCGGCAUCGGUGGACGCCGCGACGGAGGUGCUGCGGACAUACUUUGGCUCGGGCUCGGCGGAGUUCUGGGAUGCGCAGCGAACCGCUGCGUUCCGGGAGAUUGCGGGAGCGGUCUCGGACCGUGCCGCGGCACUCGUUGCCGCUGCGACCAUUGGCGUGCUCGCCGUCAAUGACGAGCUGGCGGGCGGGAAUAGGAAGGUCGUCGUAGGGUUCACGGGGACGGUGCUGGAGCUGUACUGGAGGUUCAGAGAGAGGUGUCAACAGUUUCUGGAUGUACUGGCGGGAGUGGGGAAGGUGGAACUCGUCGGCGCCAGGGAUGGCGGCGUUAUUGGCGCGGCUGUACUGGCUGCUAUGGUGGAGGCGGGGACUACGUGAUGGUUGGAACUUGGAAGGUAUCCUUACAUACGAAGUACUUGAAACGACGUUGGCGGGGAGGAGAUAGCGAGGCGUGGUGUUGGUAAACUAUAGA